AACAACCCCAAAAAGCCUUAUUAUUAAGUUAAUAUUAUUAUUAUUAUUAUUAUUAUCAUCAUCAUGGCACCAAGGGUUAAUGAUGGAACAAUAACAAGCAAGAGAGCAAUGAACAGAGGAGCAUGGACCCCAGAGGAGGACAGAAAGCUAGCCCAGUGCAUUGAAAUUCAUGGUCCAAAGAGGUGGAAGACUGUUGCAAUCAAAUCAGGUUUAAAUAGAUGUGGGAAGAGUUGCAGGCUGAGAUGGUUGAAUUAUCUGAGACCCAAUAUCAAGAGGGGAAAUAUAUCAGAUGAAGAAGAGGAUUUGAUACUUAGGCUUCACAGACUUUUGGGAAACAGGUGGUCUUUGAUAGCUGGGAGGCUUCCAGGACGAACAGAUAAUGAAAUUAAGAAUUAUUGGAAUUCUCAUUUGUGCAAAAAAGUGAAUCAGAAAGUGGAGAAACCAGAAAGUUCCACGAGACACGAAAUUAUUGGCCAGAAUGAUCAGAAUGCUGGGGAUAACCGUGCAAUGUCAGAGAACGAGGUUGAAAUUAAUGAAAGUGGUAACUUAGAUGUUAGUUUGGACGUGAACGAAUUUUUCAACUUCUCUGAGGAAUCCUUUGGGUUUGAUUGGCUGAACAAGUACUUAGAACUUGACCAGAUUCCUGAGAGCACAGAAAGAUCUGAAUGAGCAUUUUGUACAUCAUUGGCUGCAAUAAAGUUGCAUAUUCUGUGUGAAAGUAGUUGUUCUGCGUUCUAACUGAUCAUGUAGCAGAGUUGUUGUUAGUUGUUACAUUGUCUGUGUUUCUAAGCCCGUUUGGUUAAACCUUACGUAAAUUUGAUGAGAAAUCUGAUAAAAGAA